CGCGGAAGCAGCUGUGGCUACAGCAGCGGCGCUCGGUCAAUGGCGGCGACUGCGGUGGCAGCGGGGUCCGGGCCGGCGGAGGGAACCGAGGUUGCGGAGGGGCCCCCGGGGCCGGCGGCGGCACUGGAGCUGUGGCUCAAUAAAGCCACAGACCCAAGCGUGUCAGAACAGGAUUGGUUGGCUAUCCAGAAUUUCUGCGAGCAGGUGAACACUGAUCCCAAGGGCUCAACACAUGCGCCUUGGCUGUUGGCCCACAAGAUCCAGUCUCCACAAGAGAAGGAAGCUCUUUAUGCCUUAACGGUGCUGGAGACCUGUAUGAACCACUGUGGAGAGAAGUUCCACAGCGAAGUGGCCAAGUUCCGCUUCCUGAAUGAGCUGAUCAAAGUGUUGUCUCCAAAGUACUUAGGGUCCUGGACCACAGAAAAAGUUAAAGGAAGGGUCAUUGAAAUACUCUUUAGUUGGACAGUCUGGUUCCCAGAAGACAUCAAGAUCCGAGAUGCUUAUCAGAUGCUGAAGAAACAAGGAAUCAUAAAGCAAGACCCUAAACUGCCAAUGGACAGAAUCUUACCCCCACCUUCUCCCUGGCCCAAGAGCUCCAUCUUUGAUGCUGAUAAAGAAAAGUCAAAGCUUUUGACAAGGCUUCUGAAGAGCAGCCACCCUGAGGAUCUUCAGGCUGCAAACCGGCUUAUCAAGGAUCUGGUCAAGGAGGAGCAAGAAAAGUCAGAGAAGGUGUCCAGGAGAGUCAGCGCGGUGGAGGAGGUCCGCAGCCACGUGAAGGUGCUGCAGGAAAUGCUGAGCAUGUACCGCAGGCCAGGGCAGGCCCCACCAGACCAGGAGGCCCUGCAGGCCGUGUAUGAAAGGUGUGAAAAGCUGCGGCCCACCCUUUUCCGGCUGGCGAGUGACACCACAGAUGAUGACGAUGCGCUCGCUGAGAUUCUCCAGGCAAAUGACCUCCUCACCCAGGGAGUUCUCCUAUACAAACAGGUGAUGGAGGGCAGGGUCACCUUUGGGAACACAGUGACCAGUCCAGUGGAAGACAUACCUGUCUCCAGAGUCUUUCAGAAUCCAGCAGGUUGUAUGAAGAACUGCCCCCUGAUUGACUUGGAGGUGGACAGCAGAUCUGAGCAGGCCGGGACUCUGGCGCCAUCUUUACUUCAUCAGGACCUGGCAGCCUUAGGGAUCAACGAUGCCGCUGUUACGAACGAGGUUGCCCGUCAGAAUUGCUGUAAGGAAAGGAGGAAUCCCACCCCCAGCACACUGCCAGAUGGUGGUGUUCAGAGUCCUUCUGCAGAAAGGAACUUGCUGGAUCUCCUCUCACCACAGCCCUCUCCGGGCCCUCUGAAUUAUGUUCCCCAGAAAAGUAUCCCCAAGGAAGUACCACCAGGUACUAAGUCCUCUCCAGGUUGGUCCUGGGAGGCUAGCUCCUUAGUUUCUACGCCAUCUUCCCAGAAUACACCUCUGGCUCAAGUAUUUGUCCCUUUGGAGUCUGUUAAGCCCAGCAGCCUGCCUCCGAUUGUCGUGUAUGACCGGAAUGGAUUCAGAAUUCUGCUCCACUUCUCCCAGACUGGGGCCCCUGGCCACCCAGAGGUGCAGGUGUUGCUGUUGACCAUGAUGAGCACUGCUACCCAGCCUGUGUGGGACAUCAUGUUUCAAGUAGCUGUGCCAAAGUCAAUGAGAGUGAAGUUGCAGCCAGCAUCCAGCUCCAAGCUUCCUGCAUUCAAUCCUUUGACGCCUCCAGCCAUGAUCUCUCAGAUGCUGCUGCUUGAAAAUCCACAUAAAGAGCCCAUCCGGUUGCGGUAUAAACUGACAUUCAACCAGGGCGGGCAGCCUUUCAGCGAAGUAGGAGAAGUGAAGGAUUUUCCAGACCUGGCUGUCUUGGGUGCAGCCUAACUUUUCAAAAGGUGGACCCUGCUGUCCAAGCUUAGGCCACUGUUCCUCUCUCAGUCUAGAUAGGACUGACCACGGUGAUUUUCGUGCAGAGUGCCAAGAGUUCUCUCCUGCCAUCAGGCCCUGGAUGCCACUCUCUGACUUAUUCCGCAGAUACUGUUUGUGUGUGUGUUGGGGGGGGGGGGGGGGAGGGUAGAGCGGGACUUGGGAUAUGGGCAGCGUGUGAAAUGCAGAAUCAUUUCUGAUAAUCAUCUGAUACAACCGUAUCUGUUUCUGCAUGUUGAUGGACACUGUUCCUGCUUCAGGUUGGCAGUUUUAUAAGCCAAAGGUUUUUUCAUGUAUUGUUAUUUUUUCAUUCAUUCACUCUGUGCCUUGUCAGCCUUUGAAAGUCUUGGUUGCUCCCAGGCUGCUGUUCUCAGGGACCUUAAAAGGGACCUGGUUGGUCUUGGGGCAGAGAGUAUCUCCUGGGCCACUCUCUACCAAGAAAGACCUUGUCUCCAUUUCCAUUAGAGAAUGCUGCUGCUUACAUGUAUUCAGGAAGACCUUCUGCAUGGAAUGCUUAUUGCACUGUUUCCAGGCGAGGGGCUGCCUCUAGACCAGAGGACCACACUUGGUGGGCCAAUCAUGUCCUUCACCACUGUGCCUUAGACCUGCCCUUAGGUGGACCCUCCGGGGCAGAGGGGAAAGCUGAUCCUGGGCCUCAGGUUCCGUGGGUUGGGCAGUCUGUCUGAGCCCUUACUCUGGACCCUCAUCUCCAUCCUCAUCCUCCUUCUCAAGCAUUUACUGAGCUCUUCGACUGUGACAGUGUGUGAUUCAUUAUAAGUCGUCACUAAACAGGCCAGCCCUUGACUGUUGUCAACUUCACAAUCCAAGGUAGAGAACUGUAUGCAAAUAGAUAGGAAAAGAGCUUAGCCAUGAUUUAAGUGGUGACUAAACAUAGAAAGUCAUUGAAUAAAUACCGUGUAGCAAAUAUACUUUGUGGAGUGUUGGGUAAACAGGAGAUGCAGAGCCAGUUGCAUUUAGAGAUGAUCGGCCUAAAGGGAACUAUCAUCUAUUGAGUAAGGAAGGCUUUUUGAAGGAUGUGAAACCCCAAUAACUGCUUCAGCGCAAAGAAGCCUUGAUGAUCUGAAGAAAGCUGGAGAGGAGAGCUGGAUAUUUCUGUUAUAUUUAUGGUCUGAAGGAAAAAUUCAUGUUUACAAUCAGCUAAUAUUUAGUGAGCACCUACUGUGUGCUGAGCAUUUCGAUCUGCACAUUUACCAAGUCCUGCUUGGCCUGGUCAGUGGAAGAAGGAGCCUGAGCGAGGCUGAGGUGCCCUGAUGAAGGGCUUUGAAGUCUGACCUGACUGCGCUGGAUUCUACCUUGGGGAUGACAGAGCUCUCUCCGGGUCAGUUCACCACCAGGUCUGAAACUUCAUAGGCUGAUCUUCCAACUUCUCUCUAUAUAGUUGGAAAUCAGUCAACACUAAUUGGUAGGAAUGGGAGCUGCAUAAGAUCAUCAGGGUAAGCUAUUUUUUAAGCAAAUGUGAAAACUCAUAAAACAAAUGAUGGGUGAUUUCUUCAUUUGGCAUAAUUCAUGUAGGAUUAAUUCUAACCUAAAAUUACUCUUUUAUCUAGGUGUUCUGUGCAACUUUUAUAGGCUCUAUAGCUCUUACAUAAAGUCUUUGAGAAGUAUCCUUCAUAAUGACAAUGUGUGCCCAUGAAGAACAUCAAAAUGAGUGACUGAGACUUACUUUGGAAAGACUUACUUUUAUCCCAUAUCCAGAGGUGAACUUGAGUUUGUGUGCCUGAACGUUUUUCUGUCUUCUGGGAGGCAGACUCCCAGUGGUGUUCUGGUUAGGUGUAGUUGGAUAGGAUGUAGUGGUAAAGGGGUAGGUGCCCUGAAAGUGGUCCUGAUUAAUAUUAUUCAUGCCUUCUAAUUGCCAGGUUUGUUGACCACUUAGAGCCCAGUCCUCAUUCUUCCAUUCAGUCAACAAGUCCUUGUUUACCACCUACUGUGAACCAGGCAGUAUUGUAGACACAGUCUAUAGCAGUGACAUGUCCCUCCCUCAUGGAUCUUCUAGUGGAGAAAGACAAAUUCAUAAUAGAUCUGGUGGAGAUUUGGCACUGAUGAUCAGUGUUUUCCUCAUCCUGAACUCCUUACAGGAUCCUGUUCACCCUUUUUUUUUUUUUUUUUUUAUGUUAUUUUUGGUAAAGGUACACAUGGGAGAAUAGGUUCGAUUUCACCAGUUUCUAUAUAUAAUGUUCAAUGACAUUGGUUACAUUCUUCACAGUGUGUCAACAUGCUCAUUAUUUCCGUUCUGGUUGUUCCAUUUCACCCUAAUUUCUUGACCUACUUCUGUGACUGUUGCUCUUCCUCUGUCAGUCCCUUAAAUGUAGUGGCUUCCCAGGGUUUAGUCUUGGGCAGUCAGGCCCAUCUGUGGUUUUUGCAGUCACCUAAAACCACUAGAUGGGUCUUGGACGUAUCUCAGGCUUCCACCUCCUUGCUGACAUCAUAUCUGUAUUUCAGAUUGUCAUUGGCUAUCUCCAUCUGCAGGCUCCGUUCUAAAUGCUUAGAAUGGAAUCCAUCCUUCUCCAUUUCCCUUUCUACGUUCUCUUUUACUUUAAAGCACCUACCUAGAGACCUCCUGGAUCCUUGAUUACUGUACCGUCUGCAUCCACUCAGUAGUUUUGUCUCACCUAGUCUGUUUUCUAAAUACAACCACAUUUUGCCCUUCCCUGCAUUCAUAUUGCCACUGCCCUGGUUUGGGCCUAAUCUUUUAGAAAUAGUGCAGUUGCCUACCAUCUCCCAAUUCUCUAAGCCAUUUUACUUGCCACCACCAGGAUUCCCUAAUGAAUAUGAGCACUUGAACUCCUGUGGAAAAGUUCUGAGUAGCUUUCUAAUGCCUACAGGAUCAAACUCAGAUUGCCAGCAUUCAUGCCCUUCUGCUUGUGCCAAGACCAAAAAAAACUCACUGCCAUCGAGUCAUUUCAACUCAUAGUGACCCUGUAGCACAGAGAACUACCCCAUAGGGUUUCCAAGGAUCUGGUGGAUUCAAACUGCUGACCUUUUGGUUAGCAGCGAGCUCUUAACCACUGCACCACUAGAGUCCCCUGCCAAGACUAGAGCACCUAAAAUGAGCCUGAUUGCAUUGUUGAUGUUCGCUGAUACCCUUUAAGCCUCACCUCUCCCUUUUCCCCUUGUGCCCCACAUCUGAACAAGUUGAUAAGCCUGGGUGUGCCGUCUUUGUUCUGGGGGAAGAUUCCAGCCCCUGCCUGCAUGUGGGAACUUUAGCUCAGCCCCACCCCCUAACUAUGGUAAAAACCCAGAUGGUCUCUUUCAAACCAUUUCAGACCUGUUGAGAGCCUCUCCCUACUCUCCCCCAAAAACCUCGAUUAUGUAGGUAAUAAAACUUUUCAUACCUUC